UAUUUGUAUUACUGCCUUGUGGUUUGUGUAAAGCUUUCAAUAAAAAAAAUUUAAAAAGAUGUCAAUCAAGUGACAGAUUCCUGACAUGUGGGCGGAGCUAUGAAGCGUCCCCGCCCCCUUAGGGUUGCGCAGGCGCAGCAGCAGCUGUCGCUAGCUCCGGUGUUGGUGUUAACAGUUCUGUUUACCGUUCUGCUCGCUCCGGGACGGGGUGACACGGACCACCGGUGACAGCGGGGCGUCGGAACCAGCCCGACCCAGCUGGAGGCGGGGUCUCCGCGCGGCGGGAGGCUCGGUUCUGGGCGGAGUCGCUGUGGUUAGCUGGCGGAGCUAACGGGCAGCCUGUUCUGCUACAGCCGCGAGCCGGACCGAACCCCGCCGCCGAGCGGGAACCCGGAGCCGCAGGAUGCUAUCAGGUUAGCUCCGGGCCCGAACCAGCCCCGCCUCUUCCCCUCGUGUCGUUGCUCUCAAUGAUCACCGUGAUGGAACCGAACCUCCAGCCGCAGGUCCAGGAGAACUCCUACAAGAUGACGGAGGAGGACGUGAAGAGGCUGAUUGAGUUCCGAGCCUCCAACGAGGUUCUGUUCACCGGGAGGAGGAAUUCUGCCAAGAUCGCCUGGAGCACCAUCCUGAAAGGUCUGGGUCUGGAGGGAAAGCUAACGGCGGAUCAGAUCGCCAAGAAAUGGGACAACCUGCGGACCAAGUAUAAGGACCUGAAGCAGCCCUAUCAGGGCCAGGAGCACAUCGGGGGGGUGGUGGUGGAGUCCUGGCCCUGGUUCCACAUCAUGGACGAGGCCAUGCAGGGUCGCCUCUACAACAGCGACCUGGUUCUGAGUCCGGAGACCGCCGGCAGCGCGGCCCACCACGCCGACAGCCGGCCCAGUCAGAACCAGGAGAACACGGACAUCCUGGAGUUCCUCAUCAAGACUGAGAUGGACGAGACGGCGGCAGCGGCGGAAACAGCUGAGGAAAGGACGGGUCGCUCAGAGGCCCCACCCACCACGGGGGUCCCGAUGGGCUGGAGGAGGAUGACCGAGUGCUCGUACAAAAUGACAGAGGCAGAAACGGAGAGGAUGAUCAAACUGAGAGCUGCAAACGAAGCGCUGUUCACCGGCAGGAAGCACUCGGCCAAGCCGGCCUGGAGGGCCAUCCUGUACGAGCUGGGUCUGCAGGAGAAACUGACCACAGAGCAGCUGGCCAAGAAGUGGGACAACCUGAAGAGGAGGUAUAAGGAGCUGAAGUUCCCCUCUCGGGCGGUGGAGACGAACCCGAGCUCCUGGCCCUGGUUCUACAGAAUGAAUGACGCCAUGGAGGGCCGGCUCUCCGGCGCCGCCCCCAUCCUCACCCCCAUCGUGGGGGAUGAAGACGAGGACUGCGAGCCGCUCUCGUCCACCUCGAAGAAACGAGCCCGCCGGAGCCGAGGGGGGAUGACUGAGUUCCUGACCGAGUCUGAGAUGGACCUGCUGGUUGAUAACGAAGACAAGAACGGGUCGUCGGCUCUGGGGGACCUGCACCGGGUCACAGAGUUCUCCUACAAACUGACAGAAGAGGACACCCGGCGUCUGAUCGAGCUACGAGCUGCUAACGAGUCCCUGUUCACCGGCAGGAGGAACACGUCCAAACCUGCCUGGAGAGGAAUCGUGAAGGAAAUGGGUCUGACGGGAAAAUUAAGUCCUGACCAGGUCGCCAAGAAGUGGGACAACUUAAAAACCAAGUUUAAGGACCUGAAGUUUCCUCCCCGCGGGAUGGAGGCCCAGACCAACCCGGCCUCCUGGCCCUGGUUCCAGCUGAUGGGCGACGCUCUGGAGGGACGUUUGGCGGGAAAAGCUCCCAAAGUGACGCCCGUGUGGACCAGCGAGGAGGACGGCGUGUUCGUCUCGUCCCCACCCACUGACAGGGACUGCUCGAUGGCGGCGGACAGGAGCAGCGCGUCGGAGCUGGAGAGCGUGGUGGGCGGAGACAACGGCGAGGCCGACGAGAGCGUCACGUACAUCGACGCCAGCGGGGAGGAGUGCUCCACGCCGUCAGAGUUCUCCUACAAAAUGUCGGAUCAGGACACCAGGAGGAUGAUCAGACUCCGAGCUGCUAACGAGAUGCUGUUCACAGGGAGGAGGAACGCUGCUAAAGCCGCCUGGAAAGCCAUCCUGAAGGAGCUGGGCCUGCAGGGGAAAGUCUCCACCUACCAGAUGGCCAAGAAGUGGGACAACCUGAAGAGAAGGUACAAGGACCUGAAGUAUCCUCCUGCAGGGAUGGAGAGCUUGGCAGAUGGCUCCGCCUCCUGGCCGUGGUUCCACCUGAUGAAUGAAGCCAUGGAAGGUCGGUUGGCAAUCACCGCCCCCCUCCUCACCCCUGUCACUCAGGAUGAUGAGCCUGACCCCGCCCCCAGGCACAGAGCCCGCCCCACCCCUGCCCCGCCUCCCUGCUCCUCAGACUUCGUUCAGGAGGCGUUUGUGGACGAACAGGCCCAGCGCAGCGCCGAGCCGUGCGACGGGCCGCUGGGAGGACUGGAGCGGGAGUGGGCGGAGCUGGAGAGAGAGAGGGAGAUGGUCGAGCGAGACCGCGCGGCCGUGGAGAGAGAGAGGGCGACGGUGCAGGCGGAGCGGCUCUGGUUGGACCGGGAGCGGGCGGCGCUGGAGAGAGACCGAGCCCUGGUGGAACAGGAGAGGGCGGCGCUGGGCCGGGACAGGGACGUCCUGGACCAGAGGGCCCUGAUGCUGAACUCUGUGGGACACACGGGACACCUGAACAGUCUCAUGUAAGCUGAACGCUGCCGGGACCCAGACCAGAUGCUGGCUGGACCGAGACCAGGAGCUGCGUGGACUUGGACCUGAUGCAGCAGGAGCAGGGACUGGACUCUGCAGGGACAUGGACUGGACUCUGCAGGGACAUGGUCUGGACUCUGUAGGGACAUGGUCUGGACUCUGCAGGGACAUGGUCUGGACUCUGCAGGGACAUGGUCUGGACUCUGCAGGGACAUGGUCUGGACUCUGCAGGGACAGGGACUGGACUCUGCAGG